AUGCAUUCGUUGAGAAGCACCUUUUACAAGCUCCCCCGAUCAUCCCUCAAAUACUCGCAGUCCUCCACACGAUUCGCCUCGCGAUUUAAUACUCCACGAAUAUAUCUCAGAAUGGUAUCAACGCUCCCCCGCCUCCCCAUCUUCGAAGCCAUUGCGAAACACGACCCUCAAUCCACAGUCGUCGUCCACUCCUCGUCCGGCCGCCGCUUCAAGUACGGGGAAUUGCUGAAAGAUGUUGCGGACGGGAGAGAUCAAUUGGUGAAGGAGGCGGGUAAGGGGGUGGAGGGGGAGAGGAUAGCUUUUCUGGUGGAGAAUAGCUAUGAUUACGUAGGUGGGGAUUCCAACCCAUUAUUCUACCUAACGUUGCUGUCUAUCAUGGGUGCGCAUUCCAUUGCAUUGCCGCUGUCACCAGCGUUCCCUGCGAAUGAGCUGCAGUAUAUUCUGGAUCAGAGCCAGGCGUCCAUGCUGCUCUCGUCGAGAAAGUUCGAGGCGAAAGCUGCAGAAGUGUUGACGCAGGAGUUGGAGGCUAAGCCUAAGCAUGUGACGCUUGAGAAGAAGAUGGGUGGAGCUGAGAUGAGUAAGGUUGCUCUGGAAGGACCGGCUGAGGGAGAGGGAGGGAUGAUGCUAUACACAUCCGGCACUACCAACAGGCCUAAAGGAGUUCUACUCCCCACGGCCGUUCUGACAGCACAAGCCACUUCCUUAACUACAGCAUGGGAAUACACUCCUCAAGACCACCUCCUGCACGUGCUGCCUUUACACCACAUCCAUGGUACCGUCAAUGCAAUCCUGGCUCCGCUCUUCGCCGGCUCCACAAUCGAGUUCCUCUUCCCCUUCAACGCAACCGCCGUGUGGUCUCGGUUCGCUGCCCCCUUUCUUCCCUCGCCUAAAACAAGCGAGCCCAUAACCUUCUUCACUGUUGUACCCACAGUCUACAACCGCCUCCUCUCCACCCACAAUGAUCUCUCCGAAGAAGAACAGAAUGCAGCGAAGAGAGCUAUUUCGCCUGAACACCUCAGGCUAGCAAUCUCUGGUUCCGCCGCCCUCCCCACGCCCACGAAAAAGAAAUGGGCCGACCUCUCCAACAAAAACAUCCUCCUCGAGCGCUACGGCAUGACAGAAGUAGGAAUGGCACUCUCAUGCGGACUCGCGCCCUCUACCCGCGUCGACGGCUCUGUCGGCUGGCCUCUUCCCGGCGUAGAAGCGCGCCUCGUGGACACCGAAACCAACGAAGUCAUCCUCCCCGGCCAAGAAACCGAUAAGGACGGGAAAGAGCGCGACGGCGAGAUCCAACUCCGCGGCCCCACCAUCUUCAAGGAAUACUGGCGCAACCCCUCCGCCACGGCAAAGGAACACGUCGACGGCACCGACGGCAAAGGCAGAUGGUUCAAGACCGGCGACGUCGCCGUCCGCCGAGACGUCCCCUCCGCCUCGGGGUCCGGGCAGUCGUGGACCCACGGACCCAUGUAUUUCAUCCGCGGCCGCCUCUCGGCCGACAUCAUCAAGUCGGGCGGGGAGAAGGUCUCGGCGCUGGAAGUCGAGCGCGAGAUGCUCGCCCUGCCCGAAAUCUCCGAGUGCGCCGUCGUCGCCGUGCCGUCGGGCAAGUGGGGCCAGAAAGUCGGCGCGGUGGUGAUCCUCGCCGCGGGCGCCGAGGGAAAGAGCGGGAAGGGCUGGGGAGCGAUGGAUCUGCGGCGCGCGCUGAAGGGGAGGUUGGCGGCCUACAAGAUCCCGCAGGUGAUGAAGGUCGUGGAGGUGAUCCCGCGGAACGCUAUGGGGAAGAGGACCGCUUUGGGAGAGCGAAAGCAGAAGAAACCCGCGCUGACCCUAAAUCCAGUCAACAAGAAAGACCUUGUCAAAGCCGUCUUUGCAGAUGAGGCCAGCGGUGACGAGAUGUGA